AAAGCUCGGUUACAACCGUCCAAAUCCCAUAAUAUACUAAUUAAAUAGAGCUUUGCCCUAACUUCUUAUAAAAGUGAGAAAUCCUGGUCUAGCUUCAUAACUUGCUGCUCAAUGGAAGAACUCGCAUCUUGUGAUUCCUCCUCCUUAGUUGUCCCUUCUUAUCAUAAAGCCUCACCCACUCUCCAGCAACUCGUCCACUCGAUCCUUCAAACCGGAACCGAGGAGUCGGUUUACUCCAUCUUUUGGCGGACUUCAAGAGACGAACACGGCGGUUUCGUCCUCACCUGGGGCGACGGCCAUUUCCGAGGAGCUACAAGAGACUCGAUCACAUCUAAACCCGCCACAAAAAGGGAGCCCGAAGAAGUCCAAUCUCCGGAUGGUAAGUCUGCUCAUGGCAGCGACAUCGGCGACCCCGAAUGGUACUACAUAUUCUCGGUCACGAGGUCAUAUUCAUCCGAAGACGGCAUUCUAGGAAGAGCAUUUCGCUCAGGAGGUCACAUCUGGUUGAGCGGUGAAGACCGCCGUGAGCUGGGGAUGUAUGAGUGUGAUGAGAGGGUGAAAGAAGCAAGAAUGUAUGGAAUCAAGACCAUGGCGUGCAUAUCAAUCGCUAAUGGUUCCGGAGUUCUCGAAUUGGGCUCCACAGAGAUCAUCCAAGAAGAUUGGCGCAUAGUUCAUUUAGCCAAAUGCCUCUUCCCUUCUCAUUUCCCGACCCUUCGAGUCGAUCCUCGGGGAGAGAACCAAUCCAACGAUGCCAAAGGAGAACUGGCACUCGUCGGUGCCGGCAAGCGUCGAUUUGUUAAGCCUGCCAGGAUAGCAUGUCAUGACAUUUCGAUGAAGAGUGGUAGGAAGAAACUAGUCCACGACCACGAUAAAGAAUCCUCUUUUUCCCCGUCGCCGUCUGGCCCGUUGAGUCACGUGGAGGCAGAGCGGCAGCGGAGGGAGAGGAUGAACCAGCGGUUCUACGCGCUCCGAUCCGUCGUCCCCAACGUGUCGGGGAUGGACAAGGCGUCCCUCCUUUCUGAUGCCAUCGACUACAUCACUGAACUCCAGUCCCGGAUGUACACGUUGGAGUCCAAGCUCAUCAAGUCCGAGCCGCCGUCUCCAAAGCGCCUCAAGAGUAAUAAGGCUGCCGCUGACGUGAGUGAGACGACGGCCCUAUCGAGAAAGGACAGCUCGGCGAUGGCCGCGGCAACGUCGGCCGUGGCAACGUCGGCCGUCUCGGGGCCGAGAGAGAUGGUGGUGGAGGUGAAGGUGGUGGGGCGGGAGGCAGUGGUCCGGGUUUGGAGCCCGAAUCUGGGGCAUCCGUGCGCGAGGUUGAUGGACGUGCUCAAGGAAUUGGGGUUGGUGGUCCAGCACGCGAGCAUGUCAUGCGUGAAGGGGAUGAUGGUUCAAGACGUGGUGAUUAGGACUCCGGUCGACUGCUGGGUCAGCGACGAGUCCAUCACAGAAGCCAUUCGGGGUAAGCUAGCCGAGGAGUGAAUUUUCUAUUUCUAUAUUUGUAUUAGGGAAAUGCUUCUCGAGGAUAGUACAAUCUCACAUGUAAACU